CGCGUAUUAUUAUUUAAAUAUGCAUGGAAUGUUCAUGCCGCUGGCAACGUUGUUGCCACUGAUGUUGCUGCUGCCUCUGAAGCACUUGACUGAAGCUGUUGACAAGGAUGUGGCACCAGUUGGCGUUGCUCAAACGGAUCUGCUGUCAUUGGAGCAGGAAAUUGGCGGCAAUCCGGCGAUGGAGAUGGAAACGGAGAUGGAGACGGAGACAGAGAAGGGAGUUCGCAAAGCGCGUUCUUUCGUGUUUGGAGUUGGAGCUGGUCCUGCCUGGAUUGGCGGUGGCUAUAGCUGGGGUUAUCCUGGCUAUGGCUACUACAGUUCACCAUACUACUACAGCUACGGCAACACUGGCUACUAUCCGGGCUAUUUUGGGUAUAAGAAAAUUAUUAUUGGCUAA